CUGCGAGGGAUGUUUUUUUGUUUUGUUUGUGGUACAGUUGUUUUUUGUGAGGUGUUUUAUAUUGUGAGGUAUUUCUGACUUUAUGUUUUGUUAUUACGACACAGGUUUACAAAAGGAUGUGUGAUGAAGAACUAUUGGUUGGGAAGACUGGGGUGAAGGUUACAUGUUUUUGCAAUGUAUGGGUUGGGGCAAAAAUUGUGGAGGGCGUUGUCAGUGAUGCAGAUUUGGUAGAAUUGAAGGAAUAUGCGUUUGGGGACUUUUUCAACCUAGGUGGCAUUAAGUGGUUUACUGGGCAGUUGAUGAUACUAUUGGCACUCAAUUAUGUGGAACCGUUAAAGCGGAGCGGAUGUGUUGACAGCUUAAAGUUUCACAUUGGUGACAAAGUUGUUGAGUUUAAGAAAACGGACUUUGCGUUGAUAACCGGGCUGAAAUUUGGGAAGGAAACCAAGUUUGAGGGUAUUGACAUGGAUGAGCCGAAUGACAUUAGUUUGAGGUAUUUUGGAGGGAAAAUGACCGUAACACGUUUGGAUGUGGAGCAUGUGUUCAGGAAUAUACGUGCGAUUGGAUGUAGGAAACCUAUGGAUGUAGUUAAACUGGCUAUGCUUUACCUUCUGUGCUGCCAUGUUGUGGGGAACCAGGGGAGGACAAAGAUCCAUGCACUAUAUAUGCAUCUGGUUAAUGACGUGAAGCGGUUUAAUGACUUUGAAUGGGGGCACUGGAUCCUUGUGACCGAGAGCAUUGCGGAAAGUGUCAUCUGGAAGGAGAUGGUUGCAAAACCCAUGGAGCGUGUCAUGGGAAACAUUGAAACAUUGCUAAGUGUUGGAGGUGCAGGUAAUCGUAGCAGUUCAAAUGCAUUUGGAGAAGAGGUUAAUGAAGGACGGAGUGGGGGUGAAAAGUCCUGGGUUAAAAAAAAGGCAAGGGUGAAGAGAACAGAGAAAAGAACAGAAAAUGCAGAUAUGCGUACCCGAAAAGAGAGACCAAGUGUAGUGGAUGAGGUAAUUGGAGCGAGUGGAGGUGACAACGAACCUUCAUUGCGUGAUGUCCUGACUGCAAUAGUGCACAUGGAGAAGAGACAUUCUAAACUGCGUGUGGAAGUUACUAAACUGAGAAUAGCACUGAAUGCGCAAAGCCGACUUUUGAAGAGGGUAUUAUUAGGAACAAAAAUGGCUAAGCGGAAACAGAAAAAGAAAGGCGAUAAAAGAGAAGAGAAUGGACUGCCGAGCUUUGAUUUGGGUACAGAGAGCCAAGGGGGGAGAGAUGAGCCAUGCAAUGAUCAGGAAGAUAUGAUUUACGAGGAGGACAUUAUUAAGGAUGCUGAUUUAGGAACCCAACUUGGUGUUUCUGAUAAUGAAGUUGAAGAUCCUUUGAAUGACGUCAGCACACAAGAGGUUGAAGGGCGAUGGAGGCAGGCAGUUGAGGGUUUGGGACUGAAUUUGGAUUCAGGAAAGGGUGCAGGGAGUACUAAGUCAAUAAAAGUGUCAAAAGAAACGACAACAGAAUGUGUGCAGAUUGAUGAAAGGGUAGUGGAUGAGCGGGCUGAUGUUGUUGAUCGAAUAGAUGUUGCGGAACUUGUAGGUGCAUCAACAAGUAAUGGCGUAUGUGCUGGAGUACCUGAGACUGUGAAUGGAACUGUAACUGGAGCAGUGGUUGGUGGGUUCUGUGACAGGUUUGAGACUGUGUCUCAAAUUGUUGAGGAUCUGCAGGAUUGUCCACCGUCUCAACUUUUUUUUAGUUUAGAGGGGAAUUUGGUUGGGGGUGUUGAAGAUACAAAAGUUCAGGAGGUGAUGCCGGAGAAAAUUUUCAGUGAGAAUGUAAGGCCGGUUGAUGAAGAGAUUGUGGACGAUGGUGCUGAUGAGGAAAUGGUCAAUGAGGAGCCAUGCACACAAAUAGUGGUGUAUGAAGAACCGAUAAGGGUUGAGAUACCAAGAGAAAUAAAAGAUCGUCAGAAAAGACCAUUGAAGUGUCCACAGCGGUUCAGUCCUGACCAGUUGAUAGUCAGGCGUAAAAGGAAAAAGGUGAGAACAGUGAUGGAGCAUGUUAUAGACUUCGGUGGAGAUGGAGAUGAUUUCAUGGGGCCAUUCACAUUAGACCCCGCUGAGAUGCCAGGUGAGGAUGAUUUGAGGGAGGUGGAUGAGUUCAUGCACAAAGGUCUGUUAAAGAAGCAUAAGAAGGAGCCCGGGCGUAAGUACUGUGUGAAUGAAGAUGUUCUUGCACCAAGUGAGUUUAAGACUCACUACGAUGAAAAGGCCACCUUAACAAAAAGCUGGUACUACGAAAUCUAUUUCCCUUGGGGGUGGCUGUCAGAUACGCAUCUUGAUGUCAUUUUCUACUACCUAAGGAUGAAACGUGUGGAGUUCGGGUUAGUGCAGAGAACAUAUGACUCAAGCCUCCAAAUAUUUCUGCCAAAGCUGAUGGAUAAGCUGGGAGUGUAUGAAGGACGGGAAAAAGGUCUGAUAUGUGAUGGUGUCCUUGCGAUUGAGGGUGGGUCAUGCUGCCCUCAGCAAAAUGACAGGUCUAGUUGUGGGAUGUUCGUAGUGAAGAUGGCCGAAUUUCUCAUGAUGGGGCGUGAUGUGCGCGAUAUGGGUGAUGAUGAGACUGCCGCAUACCAGAAGAAGAUGACAACAGAGCUGUUGGCCUACUCCGGGAAGGCUGACAUCGGGCUCGUCCCUCCUGCUCGGCUCAGAGCUCCACUCGUCCUGCUGCCCGGCUCUGCGCUCCGCUCGUCCCUCCUGCUCGGCUCAGAGCUCCACUCGUCCUGCUGCCCGGCUCUGCGCUCCGCUCGUCCCUCCUGCUCGGCUCGGCCAGCCAAGCCGAGCCCGAACCCCGCGACAACGACGUGCGGAAAGCAACGUUCAACAAAGACUUGGUGAAAGCGAUAGGAUGAAAGGGA